CUCCUCCUGCCUCUCUCAUUUUCCGCCAGUCCCCUCUCUCAUCUCCAUUCUCUCUUCUCCACCCCCUCUAAUAUUCUUCCUCACUCUAAUCUCCUCUUCUUCUCUCCCCACACCCCCUCUGUCAUUCCCUCUUUCCCUUGCCACCCAUCCAGCUGUUCAAUUAAUCCAGUCCAUCUUUGUGUCUGAUGGUGAGUGUUUGCUGCUGCUGCCUGGCAUGAGGUCGGGCUCUGAGAUUCCCACCUGCAUAUUCCCCUCCUAAUCUUUUCCGGGAAGCAGCAGAUACUUCCAGAAAAUGCCUGAAAGAAGCUUCAAGCUGUAGAAACUGUUACAGAAAAACACAACAUAGAGCUCUGGGACUUUUGGAGUUAAGCUGUCAAAAUGGCGGAAAAUAAAGAAAGUAAUAGUAAAAAUGUCGAUGUAAGACCCAAAACCACCCGUAGUAGAAGUGCAGACAGAAAGGAUGGUUAUGUAUGGAGUGGAAAGAAGCUCUCAUGGUCAAAAAAGAAUGAGAAUUGUUCUGAUGGUGAAGCAGCAAGUAGUGUAGGAAAACCAGUGGCUGGUUUAAGGAGCCAAGAGAGGAAGCACAGCUGUUCAUCUAUUGAACUGGAUUUAGAUCGUUCAUGUGGCCACCGAUUUUUAGGCCGGUCUCUUAAACAGAAAUUGCAAGAUGCUGUGGGACAGUGUUUUCCUAUAAAGAAUUGUAGCAGUCGGCACUCUUCGGUACUUCCAUCGAAGAGAAAAAUUCAUAUCAGUGAAUUAAUGCUAGAUAAGUGUCCUUUCCCACCGCGAUCAGAGCUAGCUUUUCGAUGGCAUUUAAUUAAAAGACACACUGCCCCCAUAAGUCAAAAAUCAGAAGAUUGGAUAAACCCUGAUAUAUCCCAAAAUGAAGAGAAGGAUGAUCAUCUGAGAGAUGGAGCGAGCACAGGAGGAAGAAACUCUUUCUCACAGCCGUGUGACAUUACAGAUAGCAACUCCUGUAAAUGUGAUCCUAGGACUGAAUCGGUUAUGAGUAAGGUGUUAAAGAACAAUAAAGAGGAGAGUGAUAUGGACUCUGAUGAUGAAGUUAUAACACUUUGCACAAGUUCUAGAAAAAGGAACAAACCCAAAUGGGAAACGGAUGAUGAACUGCUACAGUUGGAAACUCCUCCCAAAUAUCAUACCCAGAUUGAUUAUGUCCACUGUCUUGUCCCAGACCUUCUCCAGAUCAAUAACAAUCCAUGCUACUGGGGUGUAAUGGACAAAUAUGCAGCUGAGGCACUACUAGAAGGAAAGCCAGAAGGAACUUUUUUACUACGAGACUCUGCCCAAGAAGACUAUUUGUUUUCUGUUAGUUUUAGACGCUAUAGUCGUUCUCUUCAUGCAAGAAUUGAACAGUGGAAUCAUAACUUCAGCUUUGAUGCUCAUGAUCCUUGUGUCUUCCAUUCUCCUGACAUUACUGGUCUCUUAGAGCAUUAUAAAGACCCGAGCUCUUGUAUGUUCUUUGAACCACUUUUAUCCACUCCCUUACACAGGACUUUUCCUUUUUCCCUUCAGCAUAUAUGCAGAACAGUUAUUUGCAACUCUACAACAUAUGAUGGCAUUGAUGCUCUUCCUAUUCCUCCAUCUGUCAAGUUAUAUCUGAAGGAAUAUCACUAUAAAUCAAAAGUUAGAGUACUCAGGAUCGAUGUACCAGAGCAACAAAGCUAGAAUGUAGUUUUUUGGGGGAAUAGGGGUUGUCUCUUGAUCUGAUAAAAUUUGUGUUGUCCUUCCUCCCUUGAAUUUUUUCCUAUGGCAAUUUGAAUCUUUUCUGCAGAUUAUUUACAGUCCAAAUUGAUCUCUCCCUGGGUCUUUCUAUCCAAAUGUCCUUUGAUUUUUCCUGCCACCCCUUUUUAGUCAACUCACUUGAGUCUGUGGUUUUUUGGUAAUGUUCAUACCCUAGGGUUUUAUGGAAUUUCAGGUAGGUUUUGUAGGGUUUCCACAUAGGGAUAGUCUUUAGAUUUAAAAAUAAAAAUUCAUAUUUGAAUUUGAUCUGUCUUUUUAUAUUGUAAUUUGCAUAUGUUGCAGGCAUGUUUGAAAGGUAUGCACUGAACACUAAAGAUUGAUUGAUCUGUAUUUUCUAUCUUUUAAAAUGAGUGCUAAUGACCUAUAUAUAAAGUAAAAUUAAUCAGUCUAUUUCUAACACUAUUACUAUGUGUAAAAUAUUAUUCAGUCUUUAUCUUUUGAUGGGCAGUUAUUGCUAUGAAGUUUUUUCUACUUUUUUUUUUCUUUAAACACUCUUGACACAGCACUGUUUUAUCUUGCACUGUUAAUCCUGAAAAGAAGAUGGAUAACCUUCUUACUUCAUUAGUAGCGGGAGGGCUUUUUGUUUAAAUAUGGUUUAGAAGAAGUAGCUACAGAUUGAUCAAAUGCUACAUCUCCCCAGACAAGAUUGCUUGCUGCCAAAUUCUGUGUGCAAGAAAAUUAUGCAUGGAUAAUCCUCCAGAAAGCUGCACCAUUUUACAUUAUAUUUGUAUGGUCAUUUACAAAAAUCAAACUCUUGCCUUCUUUUCAAUAAAAUUAUUAUUCUGCUCAUACUUGAAUCAAUGGCAUAAUCCAAGUGAACCACAGUGGGUGCAGGGUCAGGCAUAGAACUAGUCACUAUAAAUGGCAGAGGGGCCCAAUUCUGUGAUGUACUGAGCACUCUCCAAUCUCGUUAUCUUCAUUGAAGGGACUCACUUCUGCUUAUGGCACUGGGCCCAGAUUAGACAGUCUGUCAAAUGUGAUAAGUAAUAAUAUAGGUAACUAAAGUGAGCAUAUUGUUUUUCCAUUUAACCAUGUGGACAGUUUUGACAUGUUGAAUAAUCCCUUAGGAAUUUAGGCCCUGAUCCUUUUGUACAUGAUUAACGCAUGAAUAGUCUCUUUGACUUGAAUGAGAUCACUCACAUGCAUAAAUGUUUGCAGAACUGGAACCUAAAAUAGCAUGACAUUGAAAUUAAAAUGGCCAAAGAAACA